CUUGACUCGCACAAUUCCGUUUCAUUUCUGGCCUUCUGAAUUCACUUCUUUUUGUUGCUCAUGGAUAGUACUAAGGUUUGGAUAAUUCUCUGAACGGAUGCGAUAAAACACGUCUACACUACUCCCUAUGGAAACUUCUAAGGAAUUACCACCACAUUUGGUAAACAGCAUUCGAGGACUUCAUACAAAUGACGAGACUUCUUCUGAGUCGGAACAGGAAACGGAACCCAAUACCUGGUCACAUGACACCCCAAGGUCGGUUUCCAGUGAUGACUCGUCGGCGUUAACCUCGCCACGUGCGAACCUUCUAUGGGACCACGCGUUCGAUGUUUCCGAGGCAGAGCCCGCGACAUGCAAGUCUCCACAGGAGCGUGAACACGAAUGGAGACGGUUCUACAAUAAAACUGAUGAUGAUAAAUUGAUAGCUGAUAAACAUCAGAAACUACAUGAACUAUCGAAGAAGACUGACGAAAAAAGUGAAAACGUCAGUGAGUCAACACAAAGAUCCGAAAACAAGGCACCAAUGAGUGGACUUCCAGAUCUCAUUGCGUCUACAUCAACCACGGUCGAUCAAGCGCAAAGAGGCCAUGAUUGGUCACCGGCUCCGGAUGCUUCCCCGCCGCCACUUCCGCACACUGCGCCACCAGAAAUUGGAAUAGUUGAUUUUCAGGCUGGCAGUCCGCCCCCACUCCCGUGCACAAGUCCUCCACAUUUAUCCCUUAGCUGGCCCUUGACUGGUAAACAUGUCACACAAGCGCAGAUAGACGAAGGAAUUAAGAGAGUAGACGCAAUGUUACAGAACAGUGAUAAGAUCCUUCACACAUUCGAACAGACUGACAAUAAAGACCGAGAUCAGAAGUUUGAGUCCCAAGCCAGCGAUCAUUGCAUAUACGACGAUGCCAGCAGUAGCGCCGGUGAUGAAGACUAUGAUCCAUACUUGGGCGACUCAAACAAUGAUUAUGACGGAGUCUACAACGUACAGACCAAUACUGUCAUGGAAACUAAUAAAGAUGAGACGUAUGCCGGUUCAGAUGAGGAGUUUGACAAGAUAUUGCAGCAGUUAGACCAAGCAGAAGAUCUUGAGUCUGAAUUUGAUGCCAUCCUGAGAGCUUUGAACGCAGAAAGAGAACCACAGGAAACGUAUGUACAACGAUUUGCGGAACGUCGUGACAGGUAUGGCUUUAUUUUGUCACCAGUCAUGGAAGCCUCUUCGCCCUCACCGUCUUUGCUGUCUGGCUACAGUGGCGUGUCAUGUGCGUCACCAGAUCGAUUUGACACAUUCAGAAUGUCUCCAGCCAUUGGCGCUAAACCGGAACUAGAUUUAGCAAGUUUACGUGUUAAAUCCCCAGAUCUGAAUAGCAGGCACCUCGCUUCCCCGCAAGGACGGGACGACCAUGACUAUACUGUGCCAAUAUUCCAAGCGAGGAGAGCGAUAGUUAUCCCAGAGGUUGGCUAUGGGUGGGAUAGUGGGGACGACCUUCUAAGCCCAACCGUGAGUUGUGAGUGGGACAAGGAUGAACAUGGUGGACUGAACACACCUCCUGUCUCUACAAGCGGCAUCAAUUUCACUCAGUUUGGAACACGCAUUGGAGGUGGAUGGAGACAAACUGAUGUGGCGAUUCAUGAAGAGAAUGAAGAUCAAUCCGAUGACACUGUUGAAGCAAACAGUGAUUCCGAUACAGACACAACAAUUGAAAGUGAUCCGGACAGGAACUCUAAACUAAACAGUUCACAUAACUCAGUAUUUUUGACAGAUCUUGAAAAUACAAUUGGAGAAACAAGGCUGACGCCACGCACCAAUGAAGACGAAAUCAACCACAACUCAGCUGACGAGCUAUUGGAAUUAGAGGAGGAGAUUGACAAAAUCACUCAUGAACUAUCCCAAAUAAACAGAAGAAACGAAUCAUUAUUUGAUGACAGUUAUGAUGACUUAGAGGCCUCAAAACAGGUUGAAACUAGCGACACAAAUAUUAGUGUUGUUUCUCUUGAAAGCAGCUUAAAUGAUAGUUAUAAAGGUUUCAGUGCAGAACUGUACAAAAUACACCAUCAAGCGGAUCGGACCGAAAUCACUGGAGAAACAAUGUUCCGUAGUCCAGUAGUAAGAUUGGACUCAAAGCAAACACUGACGACCUCAGAUGAUGAUGAAAGUCAUUCGACAGAAAGCAAUGAAGACGCUGAAGAUGAAUACAGCGAAUCAGAUGAUGAAAACGUUGAUUUUGAGGAAUUCAAAACCAAACCGGUGCCGAAACCGCCAAUAUUACCUUUUACAGAACAGAAUGAAGACUCGAAAGUUUUAGAGGUCUUGUCACCAAGAUCAGCUAUUAUUCUAUCGGGCGGCAUGUUUCCCCAUGAGACAGAGUCGUCUUCUUAUACUUCUAGCACCGAUGAUGAAGAAUAUGAAAGAACUGACAGGCAACUUACAGUCAAACAAUAUACAUCAGGUGACUCUGAUACAAGUGCUAAAGAUACACUGACUACGGGCCAAGAUGUCAUUAAUAAAGAAUCAGAUACUGGAAAUAAGAAUGAAUCUCAAGUAAAGGUUUCAUUUAGACAAAUGUACGAACUUAAGUCACCUCCCCAGAAUCAAUCUGAAACAGUAUCGAGUCCAUCCAAGUCGAUAACAAUACACAGUCCGAUGGAUUAUUAUUUGCUUGAAGAUACUAAAAUAGACACUGCUCGCAAAACUGAACUUAGACAAUCACCAAGAAUAUUUGGCAGAUACUAUGCAGAAAUGGACAAAGAUAUUGUCAAUGAAGUCAGAUCUCCUCGUGAAAAAGAAAAUGCAAUAAAUUUCGAAAAUAAUGAGAUAAAUAAUACAAAACCUGAGGUUGAUUAUCUAAAGAAGCGCCAGCAAUUAGAAGACUCUUUUACUGAUGUAGUCCUAACAAAGAAAGAACAAUUACCCUUCAUGACUCCUCCUGAUAAACAAGCCAAAUCAAAGGAAAGUCAGCCAUCUGCCGUAAAAAUUAAAAUCGGACAUUUACACAGAUCAAGUUCAGCACGGUCAAAGGUGAAACGUGGAUAUGUUCACGAACUGUCCGAAAUAUUUGAUCAAAAGAAAGACCACACAGAGAAACAUGUAGUUGUUAAAAAGGAAAACAUUAAACAAGAACAGGCUAUUAUCCGUAAGUCACCAGAGAAACUCACAGCAAAUGAGAACAUUAUAAUAACCCAGGAGGAUUCUCCAGCUGAACUAUUUACGAUGCAAGAGUUUAAUUCGAGUCAAGGUUUUGAAGUUACACCACUUACAAAAGUUGAAACUUUUCAUGAGCAGAAUGUGACAUUAAAUGAAGUUCAUAAACACGAACAUGUAAAAUAUAGGAAUACAGACGAUACUCACGAUGAUAAUUUUCAUGAUAAUGUGCACAGCAACAGCGACCUAGAGGACACAAUUGAAGCGCAGAUGAAAUUGUAUGAAGACCACUUGAAAACAGCUGACACAAGUGGGGACGAAGCCAAUGACAAUGAUUAUUUAAAUGCAACAGAACCCUUUGAACCUCAUGUAGGGCUAUGUAGUUUGGAUAUGCCUUUACAAUUCACGCAAACAUAUGCACUCAAUCUUGCCGCAGCAAACAUUUCUGAAGGCUCUGCCAUUGAAGUAGCAAAACAGGAAAGAGUAAAAGAAGAUAGAAGAUAUAUGGAACAGGCUAUAGAUGACGAAGAAAUUCCAGAGAUCAUCGAUGGUGAUUCAUCUGACUUGAGUUCUGACGAAGAAUAUCAUAAUGAAUACCACCUCACUGGAAAUAUUAUACACCCAGAGAGAGAUGGCUUUUCUUCAGUUUCUAGUACUGGUAAAAUACACACACGUAAUGAUAACAACAAAGCUAUCUAUAACGUUGGCAUUACACAACAAAAGACUGGCGACAGUCAGGAGAUUUUUAAACGCAUAGAUCAAUUGUCAGGAAGUUUAAAGCAUGGUGCUACUAAGAGGUUAAAUACGGAAAGGCCACUUAAAGGAAAAGAUGUUAUGUCACCCGUUAUGUGGCGAUUUCCGAUGUCAAAACAUGAUAGUACGAACAAAGAUUCAAACUAUAGCGGAUCAACUAAAGGAGUUUUGUUUGAUAUAAUUUCGCGAAUAGAUGAUAGAUUUCGUAACACGGCCAUUGACAAAAGUCCGAGCAAACAGCAAGACAACAGAACACCUGACAAACAAAAUAAUGACGAGAGAAAAGAUGGAGCUUUUGUAGAAAGAUCAAUUAAAGGUUUCGACAGUGAAGGAUUGGAUACGAACUAUCGGCAGUCACUAAAUUGUAAAAGCACACACCCAACAGAAGUCACAGGGUUUGAAAUAAGAUAUCCAGCGUCGAUCAGUCGUCGACUCUACGGUCCAUACUGUCGCCUGCGAGGCAUAGACCCGUUGGGGACGAGCGAUAGCGAUGAUGACAGUACAAGCGGGACAACUCCACAAGCCUUGUCAAAAUUUAGUGAAGGAGACAACUGGCGCGGACCGUAUUAUUUAUUUCAGCGACAUGAGCAGAAUAAUAAUGAGGAUGACAGUCUAUUGAGUAAUUACCGACCCACGAGACGUGAAAGUGAAUUUUCAAACGAAAACCACUCGGGGAUUACAGAUUAUAAAUAUUUAGAUAGAAAUUAUUCUGUCUGCAGCUCGCCAAGAUCUGUCACAGUGGAAAGUGAUAAACACUUCAUAAGAAGUUUAUCCCCCACUGUUACUAAUACCGAAGACGAUGGUUUCUCCCUUGUAAGUUACGAUGUUAAAACUCCACUUUCACCGCUGGCUUACCAACAGCGUAUCAACAACGGGUCAAAUACGAUUACCGAUUUGAAAAUAAAUGAAGCACAGCACGACACUGGUGAAGAAAAUAAUACCUUAACAAAUGCAAAACGUAACUCUCAUAUCAAACAUAAAUUACUGUGUACCGGUGCGCAAAGUGGUAAACACGAAAGCUACUCGUUUGAGUCUACAUCAAAUUUUGAAACAAAUUUUCAAUCUAGCAGAGUGGGCGACAGUGAUAACACAAAUGCAAGUUGCACAUAUGAUUUAGGCGGUGAAAAUAAUGAGGGUUAUAGUGGUUAUUCACAGAUGGACAAUAAAGGUGAGAUGAAAAAUGAUCUUCAUCAACGUGCUUUUGGUGUUCACAUGCCUGCCGAAACGACAUCAAGAGAAAUUGCAAGUCAACGGUCGGCCAUGAGUGAUGGGAAACUGUCAAAGACAGGUAGACCGGUGAAUUUACAUGGAUUUAAUAACAUUCCUUCACUGGAGAAAACACAAGAUGCUGAGAACGCGCAGAUGUCCUCGGGCGGACAUUUAAGUAACGAAUCUACAUGCAGCAAGAACGAUAACGAAUCGCCGUCGGCGUCGGCGCGCACACACACUUUAGUAGUGGUCCAAACUCCGGGAUAUCAACAAGUCCUAGAAGAUGAGAAAGGAAAAUUAAAAGUAUGGCCGUAUUCGGAUAUUGACAAUCCGGAUAAAGUACCGGUCACUCUACAUAAAGCUAAAAGAGGUAUUCAUUUAUCUGUCAGUAAAGGGAUGAGUGAGAAAAAGUCGAGGAUGACUGUAUUUCAAAGUGCGGAACAUAGUGCUGAGAAACCAGAAGGCAGGAUGGUGAACAAAUAUAAAACAAGCUCGGUGCUUUCUGGCGACGGCAGCAUGGGCGGGAUAAUGAAAACGCACGGGGAAUCCGUGCAGUCAGUCCUUCUGCAAGAUGCGAACGGCAACGCCUUGUCUGAGGAAGAGUUGUCGGCCCUCUUGCCAAAGAUUGCUGAAACCAUAAGUAAACUGGACUCCACAGAGACGGAAGAAAUUCUGCCAGGAAUUACUCAAAAUAUCACAAAACUUAAAAACGGUGGUAAUCUAGUCAUUACUACAAUGACAAGGCGUGUUGAUGAAGAAGAAACUUCUUCUGGUCACGGCUCGCCGGUGCCUGACCAUCCCGUUUUGGAUGUGGACGAUUUGGAAAAAAGUAAACUUUAUUUAGUACAAGAUUCGAAAGGUGAGUUCUAUUACGUCGAGGACGUUACAAGUGAAUCCCAAGAAAGUGCUUAUUUCAGUAACUCUCGCAACACUUCCGAGAGCGUAAGUGAGAGUGAGGGUAGUCCAAUAUUUGAUCGUAUUUCGAAGGUACAGCCUUUAGGCGGAAGUGGGAUCGAAGAGUCGACGGCUGCAGAGAUUCUGAGCGCCAUGUACGGCGGAAGUGGCCUCCAGGAACUAGAAGAAAAUGAGGAAGAGUGGUCGGAUCGCACGUAUGAAUACGACUUCCCUCGAAACGGCAGGGGGUAUAGCAAGGACCGGUUUGUUACCCCGUACAUGGUAGAAGAACCAAACACCUUACCUAGAAUUAAUGAAUCGACGAAUGAGAAAUACGAGUCCUCUUACCGGAAUUCCGGUGGGGAGGCCUUUGUUUAUGGCGGCGGUCUCGCACAGAGUUACAGUCAGAUGACGCACGGUGUUGUUCCUGUGGACGACACCAGCAGCCUUCAAUCCGCGAACGUUCAAAACACGGUUUCCGGCGGGAAAACUAUCGAGCGGUAUACAUUUGAAUCUGAGACGACCGAGUUUCCACCAGCGGUUCCGGUCAGCCUACCGCCACAGCUCCCACCCGCACUCGACUACGCGGACAACCAGUUUUCAAUGAUGAAAGUUGAUAUGGCUCCUAAAAUGCAGGAGGAACGCAUUCCAAUUAAAUACAAGCCUCUCAGUGAAUCAGAACCGGAAAGGCCUAUAUAUAAGACGGUCGCCACAAUUCAAACAAAGGUGAAGGAGCCGCCUCCGCCAAAGAAAGAACACAAAGAACAUAUAGAAAGAAAGAAAUACAAAAUUGUAUCUUCUAAAGCCACUGAGGAGCAAGAAUCACAUAUGAGAUUUGAUGAUUUUGACUAUAACUUUCAUACAGAAAAUGUGGAAUACAAAGUAUCACCAAGUAAGGCACAGACGCAAUAUUUCGUUCGCAAUACAACCAAUACAGAGCCUACAAACAGAUCUGUUUUUAGAACUGAAAAGAAAUUCGAGAUUGGUAGAAAUUCAGACCAAAAGUUUAAAUCGGAAAUACACGUGCGACCACAGCCGGAAGCCGUAGAAGAGAGCAGCUAUACGUACGACGAAAUGCGCUCCAGAAUGGAACAGGAGCGGAGUGACUCGAGCAUGCACGUCGUGCGAGGAAGCUACUUGAUUAAAAACACUCUCGACGAAGACGACGGAGCCUUGGAUGACAAUAUCAACAUGUUUGACGGCCGCUUUGAACUUUGCAAAGACAACCCAUUGUACAAGAGUGACGAGGAUCUCCGGAUGGACCGGAAGUCGAGCGAUCUCGAGCGCGCGCAAGAACGUUUUAACCGAAAACUCACUCAGGACCUUACGUUCGAAACGGUGGACAGGUUCAUGAAGAAGAAAAAUAUCGAGCGCGAGCCUGAGCAACCCCGUCAGAGCCUGACUGAGCUUCUCUUGAGCCGUUUGUCCCGCGUGGACAGAAAGCACAUACGGCAGACUAUUGACGUCAAACACGACCACCAGGACAUCUACGGGGACCCACGCUUCAUGCACGCGGACGGCGAGACGUCAUAUGGAACCGCCGGCACUAGCAAUUUCGACACUGUCGGGGAAAAAGUAGAUUUAAUUCUAAAAGGUGGGAAAGCGUUUAUUACCGUGAUAGUUACGGCGGAGAGAGUUACUCCAGUGGACAUUGAGUUUAACGUAUGGCGGAAGAACCAAGCGAUAGUGACAAGGGUGAUUGAGGUGGAUCUCCUAGCGACGGAGCAGCGUCGGCGGCUCUAUUACAAGGUGAUGGAGUCGCCGACGGGCCGGUCGCACGGCGCAUACUCGUCGACAGGGCAGCACGAGACUGUGCUCGACAGCUACGAGACGUUGGAGCUGUUCACCAAGAUCCUCGGGGCCGCCGAUGGCGAGGGUGACACAGAGACGACAGAGGUGAAGACGCGAUACGGACGGACGACCCGCCCUCUCGCACCUGACGUCGAUUUACUUUACUGAUAAAACACGGAUUGCCUGGGAUUUUUUUUUUUUGGUUAUUAGUGCAAUUAUAUUUGGGCGAAGAGAACUGCGGUGUGUUGUGGAUAAGCCAGUAUGGAUUUAUAAACUUCGAUGAUUUCCGAAGGCGGGUGUUGCCCAAUACUUCUCGUGUUUACUAUUGCUGACGUAUAUUUACGAGUUUACGUUGUAGGAAGUGCGGGGGCUCUUCUUACCCGACUCUUAAGAUUUUACUGUGCCAAAUAAGUGUGAACUUCAAAUAAAUUGUUGUAAAGAUACUCGUGGAAAAAAGAAACCGAGCAUGAUACGGAACAUCAAAAUAUAUGUUCGCUGAUUAUACAUUGUUUACCUCAAUUAUUUAAGCUUUUAUGCGACUCUGAUACAGAGGACAUGUGACAAUUUUCAGAAUUGCAUCACCUGUUAAUUUUUGUAUUUUGAUUGAAGGUUUCUCUAAGAUGCAGUAGAUAUAGCAUGUGUUGUGUUGCAUGCACAGUUUCUUUGUUCCGCUAGUGGGAAUAUUUUCCGAAACUCAUAAUAGUAUGUAUAUUUUCUUCUCGAUCAGAGUUCAUACAUUGAUGAGCGUUGUUUUCAUAACAUACAGUGUACAUAGUGUUUUGGUGAUUAAGUUAUGCAACAUGCAGCUUACUUUAAUACUGUUAAUAGUGCUUUAUGUGUCUGUAACUUGCUGUUUUAUUGUCAAGAGAUUUACUGUAUUUCCAUAAAAUCUGCAUUAUCACGUCUUGCCAGAAUGCACAAAAUUCAAUCCUAUUGUAUUUACUUUGUAUAAAUGAUAUAUGUCUAAAUGAUUUCCAUAAAGUUGUUGAGUUAUUUAUGAAGAUGUAUCCUAUAAACCAGUGCGUAGAUCUGGACCACGUGUUCGGUACGUUUUUGUACAUUGAAUAUGGUUUAAUGUGAUGUUAUGGAAUAAUAAUCUAUUUAUUACAUACACCAUACUCUUGGCGGUAUUACCUGUUAACGAACGAAUAAAUGGAAACAAGCAUC